CAAAGGCUAAGGUAAACACGUUGAAAUGAUGAGAGUAGGUGUAAGUAAUCUCUCAUUUGCAAUCAACUUAAAGAGGUUCCCGAGGGAACGUUUGAAAGGAGUGUCCAGUUCAGCUGCCGGUACGGUGUUUCCUUCAGGCUAGUUCUGGGACAAACACAAAGAAAGAAACCACGGGAUAGGAAGGAUUCGGUGUUAAGGGAUUGCAAAGGUAGCCAUGGCAACUACUCUGUCAGUCGCAGCCUUGUUCCACAACCUUCUGCCUACUGACCUUGACCCUGAAACCUCGUUUUCUGCUGCUCACUGUGUGAACACCUGCUUCUAUAACCGGACAUGCGCAUCAGUGUUCUAUGACCGUAACCGGAAGCUGUGUUACCAGAGUGAUCUUUGGUUUGAUGAAGCAGUGGCGGGGCUGAUUCAGCAACCAAGUGUCUCCUACAUUACAUUUAUACGAUCUGAUUGUCCGGAGAACUGGAUCUACCACAAGCCAACGGGCAAGUGUUUCUAUGCUGGAAGUGAGGCAGUCACUAACGCUGCGGCCAUUGCAUUCUGUGCGUUAUAUGGAGGAAGACUCUUUAACAUCUAUAGCGCAGAAGAGGAUAGGAUCCCAUAUACAUUGACCUUUCGAUCCGUUCUCGGUGGGUUCUGGAUCGGAAUGUUUGGGAUGGCAGCAAUUGGUACUGGCACGAGGAACAUCGUUCCGAGGUAAACGGCUACACCAACUGGAAAGAUGACAUCGGAACACGCACCUGUUCUAGGUAUAGCACUUCCGCUCUCAAAUGGAGGACAUCCAACUGUGAUAGCAUCUCCGGUGAUGAUAAACUCAACUUGUGUGAAGUGGUGCUGAGAGCAAAUUAUUGCAGCACCUAAUACUGAAAAGAAUUCAUUUGGUGAUGUGUGGAUUUACAUGGGAUUAAAACGUUUACAACAUGGUUGAUAUUAUUUAUUUAAUUUAUAUAUUAGUUUGUUUGUUUAUUACAGCACCUCGUCAAAGACAUUGCCAGUGGGAAUGUCUAAUGCAUUGUAUGAGAUUUAGCCCCUGCUUAAGUAGGUUGUCUGAAUGAACAUGAAACAUUUUGGUAUAUGACGUAUAUAUGUUAAAAUUAUAUUUCCACUUUGAUAUACUGCCCAGCGAUAUGUGUGGUAGAUUUAACCCGAGCUCUUUAAUUUACACCCGUGAAAAUCCCGGUGAGAAUUGAUCUUCAAUAACCCAUGCUCGUCGUAAGAGGCGACUAACGGGAUCAGGUGGUCAGGCUCGCUGAUUUGGUGGACACAUGUCAUCGUAUCCCAAUUGCAUAGAUCGAUGCUAGUGCUCUUGAUCACUGGAUUGUCUGGUACGGACUCAAUUAAUUUACACAGUGGCGUCAUAUAGCAGGAAUAUUGCUGAGUGCACCGUUAAA